UCGUUUAAGAGAGAUGAAGGGGCCGGAUUUUCUUCAGUACUUGAGCUAGAAGAGUCUUAAUAAUAACUUUACCUUUUUCUUUCCCUUUGGUUCUUAUCAUAAAUCCCUUCUGAUUCUGGCGAUUGGAUCGAUUUUCGAUCUGUGUCUGUGAAAAACUAAUUUCUUAGGAGUACCCAAAACAACAUAGUUAUGGUUAGUUGCGAUUGUCUUUGCUGGAGCUCAGACUUGUCGGAGACAGAGUUCUGCUCCUUUGAACCAGAACCCUUCUCUCUCCCUUCGCCAAUUCACAUAUGGCCUCAAGCUUCUCAGGAGAAGGAUAUGCUGAAGGAAAAAUAUGUUUAGGAGAAAUUGAUGUGAUGAAAAUCACUACUUUUGAUGUAAUAUGGAACAGCAAGAAAUUAGGGAAGAAAGGUGCAGAUGGUGUUGCAUUCUAUAAACCUGCAAGAAUCCCUGAAGGAUAUUUCUGUCUUGGCCACUAUUGUCAGUCGAAUAAUCGACCCUUAAGAGGUUAUCUUUUGGUAGCUAGAGAAUUGUUGGUUGUUUCGGAAUCAAAUUUAGGAUCACCUCUAUCAGACCCGCUUGAUUACACGUUAAUGUGGAACACAGAUUCCAAUCACGAUACAAGUUGUUGUUAUGUUUGGCUGCCUAUACCUCCGGAAGGGUAUAAAUCUAUGGGGUUUGUGGUCACCGACUGUCGAGAAAAGCCAGGUCUUGAAGUGGUUAAGUGCGUGAGAUCCGAUCUCACAGAGGUUUGCGAAACUGAAGAUAUGAUUUUUGAAUCCUAUUCAAAGAAUUCGAAGAAAUCUUCGUGUCUCAGAGUUUGGAAUAUGAGGCCUUGGCAGAGAGGGAUGUGGGAUUGCGGUGUUUCUGUAGGAACCUUCUUCUGCACGUCGACAUCCCACAGCUCUGGAACCGAGCUGGAUAUUAUAGCUUGUUUGAAGAAUAUCGAUUCGAAGCAAAUAAUAAGUGCAAUGCCGAAUCAAAGCCAGGUACAUUCCCUUAUAAGGCAGUAUGGUCCGAGGGUGUUCUUCCAUCCAGAUGAAAUCUAUAUGCCUUCGUCAGUCCAAUGGUUUUUCGAAAGUGGAACCCGUAUUUGCUCUUUAAAAAACAAUAAUCUAAUUGAUUGGGACGGAGCUAAUCUUCCGGAAGGUGGGGCUAAUGACGGAGAGUAUUGGAUAGACUUACCCGAGGAAGAAGAAAAGAGGGAUGUUGUUAAGAAAGGAAACCUCGAGAGUGCGAAACUGUACAUUCACGUGAAGCCAGCUUUGGGAGGGACUUUCACCGAUAUUGCUAUGUGGAUAUUUUGUCCAUUUAACGGGCCAUCCACCAUAAAGGCCAGUCUUGUGAACAUUGAGAUGUCGAAAGUAGGGGAGCAUGUUGGGGAUUGGGAACAUUUCUCGUUACGAAUUAGCAACUUCAACGGGGAAUUGUGGAGCAUGUAUGUUUCACAGCAUAGUGGCGGGGGAUGGGUCGAUGCCUCUCAGUUGGAAUUCAUCGAGGGGGAAAACCGUCCCCUCGUAUAUUCAUCGAAAUCUGGCCAUGCUUGUUUUCCACACACUGGAUGUUAUAUUCAGGGGACAACCAAGUUUGGGAUAGGUCUAAGGAAUGAUGCUGCCAAGAGCAAAUACUAUAUCGAUUCAAAUAUCAGGUACGAGAUUGUUGCAGCAGAGUAUCUAGGAGAUGGAGCGGUGAAGGAGCCGCAUUGGCUACAAUACAUGAGACAAUGGGGUCCUACGGUACAAUACAAUACAUGGGUUGAAAUCGAUAAGAUAAUGAGUCAUUUCCCGACAUUUAUUCGAUUCUCAGUAGAUGUUCUUUUUGAACUGUUUCCUACUGAGAUAUAUGGCGAAGAAGGGCCGACUGGCCCUAAGGAGAAAGACAAUUGGUUUGGGGACGAAAGGUGCUAACUAAGUUAUACUUGUACAAGUUGAACAGAACAUGUAAUUUUCCUUCAUUUGCAGGUGUAUUAUAAGUGAAACAAUCUUUUAUUUUUCAUC